GCGGGCUCCCGGCGCUGCCCGGGCGCUGCCGCCGGCAGGAGCCAUGCCCGCUCCUCGGCCGAGCCGGGCUGAGCGCAGCCGGAGGCGCUUGCCACAGCCAGCGUUGAAGCCUCACAGGAUGGUGCAGGACCUUCGAGUGUAACCCCUCGGGCUCCAAGCAGUGCUGCCGGGCCCCAGGCCCCUCUGGAGAUGAAUCUUUGCUGGAACGAGAUCAAAAAAAAAUCCCACAGCCUUCGGGCUCGGCUGGAGGCCUUCUCUGACCACAGUGGGAAGCUGCAGGUGCCUCUCCAGGAGAUCAUUGACUGGCUGGGGCAGAAGGAUGAGGAGCUGUCGGCGCAGCUGCCCCUGCGGGGCGAUGUCCUGCUGGUGCAGCAGGAGAAGGAGACACACGCGGCUUUCAUGGAAGAGGUGAAGUCUCGGGGGCCAUACAUUUACUCUGUCCUGGAGUCAGCACAGGCUUUCCUUUCCCAGCACCCGUUUGAGGAGUUAGAAGAACCAACUUUGGAAAGCAAAGAUGUGUCUCCGCGGCACCGGAUCCAGAACAUCAGCCGCUUUGUGUGGAAGCAGGCCAACGUGGCCAGCGAGCUGUGGGAGAAGCUCACGGCGCGCUGCGUGGACCAGCACCGCCACAUUGAACGCACCCUGGAGCAGCUGCUGGAGAUCAAAGGGGCCAUGGAAGAGCUCAGCACGACCCUGGACCAGGCUGAGAGCGUGCGGGACACCUGGGAACCCAUCGGGGACCUCUUCAUUGACUCCUUGCCGGAGCACAUCCAGUCCACCAAGCUGUUCAAAGAGGAGCUCUCCCCCAUGAAGGAUGGGGUGAAAGUGGUCAAUGAUCUUGCACACCAGCUCGCCAUCUCAGAUGUCCACCUGUGCAUGGAGAACUCCCGUACCCUGGAGCAGAUCAACACCCGCUGGAAACAGCUGCAGGCCUCCAUAAACGAACGCCUGAAGCAGCUCCAAGACGCCCACCGGGACUUCGGACCAGGCUCCCAGCACUUCCUCUCCUCCUCUGUCCAGGUCCCCUGGGAGCGAGCCAUUUCCCCCAACAAAGUGCCAUACUACAUCAACCACCAGGCCCAGACGACGUGCUGGGACCACCCAAAGAUGACAGAGUUGUACCAGACGCUGGCGGAUUUGAACAACAUCAAGUUCUCGGCGUACCGGACGGCCAUGAAGCUGCGGCGGGUGCAAAAAGCCCUUCGAUUGGACAUGGUCACCUUGGGCACAGCUUUGGAAAUCUUCAAUGAGCACGACCUGCAGCCCGGCGACCGGGCGAUGGACGUGGUGGAGGUGAUCCACUGCCUGACCGCCCUCUACGAGCGGCUGGAGGAGGAGAGGGGCAUCCUGGUCAACGUGCCCCUCUGCGUGGACAUGAGCCUCAACUGGCUGCUGAACGUCUUUGACAGUGGCCGCAGCGGGAAGAUGAGGGCUCUCUCCUUCAAGACGGGCAUUGCAUGUCUGUGCGGGACAGAGGUCAAGGAGAAGUUCCAGUAUCUCUUCAGCCAAGUGGCCAAUGCCGGGGGCCUGUGUGACCAGCGGCACCUGGGCGUCCUGCUCCACGAGGCCAUCCAGGUCCCUCGCCAGCUGGGGGAGGUGGCAGCGUUUGGGGGCAGCAACGUGGAGCCCAGCAUCCGCAGCUGCUUCCGCUUUAGUAAUGGGAAGUCUGCCAUUGAGGCGUCCCAGUUCCUGGAGUGGGCCAACCUGGAGCCGCAGUCCAUGGUGUGGCUGGCGGUGCUGCACCGGGUGACCAUGGCCGAGCAGGUGAAGCACCAGACCAAGUGCUCCGUGUGCCGGCAGUGCCCCAUCAAGGGCUUCAGGUAUCGCAGCCUGAAGCAGUUCAAUGUGGAUAUCUGCCAGACCUGCUUCCUCACGGGGCGAGCCAGCAAGGGCAACAAGCUGCACUACCCCAUCAUGGAGUACUACACCCCGACCACAUCCAGUGAGAACAUGAGAGACUUUGCCACGACACUGAAGAACAAGUUCCGGUCCAAGCAGUACUUCAGCAAGCACCCACAGAGAGGUUACCUGCCCGUCCAGUCCGUGCUCGAGGCUGACUUCUCUGAGACCCCAGCCUCGUCCCCGAUGUUACCACACGCUGACACACACUCCAGGAUCGAGCACUUUGCCAGCAGGCUUGCAGAGAUGGAAAGCCAGAACUGUUCCUUCUUCAGUGAUAGCCUGUCCCCUGAUGACAGCCUGGAUGAGGACCAGUACCUGCUGCGCCAUUCCAGCCCCAUCACGGACAGAGAGCCCGGGGGCAGCCAGCAGGGUCCAGGAGGCCUCAACAUGGAUGACAAGGGAGAGCUGGAGAGAGUCCUGGCCCACUUAGAGGAUGAAAACAGGAUCCUCCAGGGAGAGCUGAGACGUUUGAAAUGGCAGCAUGACGAGGCAGUGGAGUCUCCAAGCUUGGCCACAGGCUCUCCUGAAUCAGUGCAAGACCCACGUAAUGAGGAGCUGCUGGCAGAAGCACGGAUCCUCCGGCAGCACAAGAGCCGCCUGGAGACACGGAUGCAGAUCCUGGAGGACCAUAACAAGCAGCUGGAGUCACAGCUGCACAGGCUGAGGGAGCUGCUGCUGCAGCCUCCAGCAGAGUCAGAAGGCAAUGGUUCAGCAGCCUCCUCCUUGGCUUCAUCUCCACAUCAGUCAGAAGGCAGCCAGGCAAAGGAGAAAGAGCACAACACCCCUGACACUGAAACUGCAGAUGAGGUGGAAGCCAAAACCCAGGAAGUCAGCAUGUGCCUGGAAGACAUAAUGGAGAAGCUGCGGAGCGCCUUCCCCAGCUCCCGAGGUACUUGAGUGAAACCUCCUCUCUCUCUCCUUACUGCUCCCUCAGGUGAGGCUUUCCCCACAGAGCCCUGCCCCAAUCCCAGCUUCCCUGCAACAGCUGAUGACCUGCAGUGCUUCAGCCAAGAGCUUUGCUGCUGCAGUGCUGCUGGGACGGGUGUGUGGCCUGGGAGCUGAGGAGGAGGAGGAGGCUUCACACCUGCAAGGAGAGGCCAUCAGAGCUGGCAAGAGCACAGACCAAACAGAUCCCUGUGAUGAGCUGCAAGGCAGCCUCUGCCCUGCUCAGGACCUGCACCCCACGGGGCUCCCACCUUGAGGAUGGACAGACCUGCCAGCACCACCUGCAGCGAGCUUUGGGCCCCUCCUGCCUUCAUCCCUGUCCAGACCCCUCUGCAGGAGAGGUCGUGGCCCCAGAGGCCUGGUGAGAUGGAAGCAAUGGUGCAGGCUCUCCUGGCUGCUCGUGGACAGCUCUUCCCAGCAGGGAUGGAGGGGUUGUGUGUGUGGAUGGCACUCCACUCACUCAGUGGGUUUUGGUGUUGGUCAUUCUGCUCCUUCCCUCUGUGCUCAGUGCAGGGGCAGCACUUGGUCUCUUGCCCAGGCUGCCAGAGGGAGACAUUGCUUGGUGCCAGCACUAACAAGAGGUGGUGAUCUGCCCAUGCAGACUCUUGCCCACUUUCUGCCAUCCCUGAGCAGGAUCCUCCUGGCUCUGCAGCAGCCCCCUUCUAACCAGGUGGCUCUGGGUCCUGUUUUCCUGACCUGUCUAUUUCUCUUUCAGGUAUGACCUCCCUUAUCUAACACCUCCUGUGAGCCAGAGGCUUUUCCUAACCAGCUACCUGGCUGCUUUCCUCCCCCUCUCUCCCUGCCAUGCUCCCUGUGCUGCAGCAGACCUCACACAGACUCCCUCAGAGCUGGUGGUGCAGGAUGCUUGCCAGCUCCAGAAGAUCUCAGGGGAACAUAGGUCAUGCAGGAGUGGGACUGUGGGCUCCCCAGGAGGCUGGUUUGGUCACUGACCACAGUGUCCAAGCCUGGGUGGGAUGGUUGAGAAGAAAGAACUGAAGCCAUGAAAACUGCCAGUCUCCCCUGGCACCCAGGGGCUGCUGCCUUUGCCUGUAGCCCUCGGGGGAUGCAGAGCUCAGCAUCCCACUCUUCAUCUGUGCCCACGAGCCUCCAGGUCUAUGGGCACCAAAACACUCCUGGAGCCACACAAUUUUUAAAAUAACUCUUUAUAACAGUGACCAGCUGCCAGCCUUAUGUCUGAACUCUGCCACCCCAGGCUCUGCAGCCAGCCAGGCACAUACCACCAGGAGAGAGUCUGUGAGGUUUAUGGAGUAGGGAUUGAGUCCAUGUUAGAGCUUCAGCCCAGCUAGUAGCCUUAUAUUGAGAGGGUCUUUAUAACAGAGCCUUAUUGUUUAAUUUGCAUAUAUUUCUAUAUAUUAUAUAUAUAUAUAUACUGUACUUAAAUACUCUCAUGGACUCACUCUAUUAAACUCUAAUACCUUAAGUGUAGCUGCCCUUCACUUUCAGACCAGCCCAGGGGAAGCAGCACCUUCCCUGCUGCUGGUGUUGCCUUGCAGGGCUGCUGUGAGGGAGCUCACUGAGGGCUGGACCCACAGCAGGUCCUUCACCCUGCCUGGUUUCCUGGGGAUCUGUGCCUUUGCCAUGGCAGAGUCCUGCACAGAGCCAGCUCCGUGCCUGGGGAGCCUCAGCCCCUGCAGGGAGGGUUUCUCCAGCCCUGAGGCCACCUUGGUGCGAUGCAAGUGCCUGGCAGCGUGGGUGGCAGCAGGACAGGCAGGGCACCUGCUGGCUGUCCCCAGGAGCAGCUGCCCCACUGCUGUCCCAGCUCGGGGCUGGGCUGAGGCUGGAGGCCGUCCCUGGGAGCGGGGCAGAGCUGGGAGGCUCUCUGCCAGCUGCCAGGGCAGUCCGGGGGUGGUGGCUCCUGUGCCCAGGGGUCCCUCGGGCUGGCUGUCUUGGGCUGUGUUAUGUCGAGAGAGGCAGAGUCAGGUGCUGCAGGGUGACCCAGAGCCGGGGCCGCCAUGGGCCUGCUGCUCUGGAGCCACAGGCUGUGGGGAGGAGAGAGAGGCCUGAGCCC